CGCUUAUCGCACCGUUAUCGGGUCUCACCGCGGGACUUCAAUCGUGACUACUUCCACGCUUUACUUCAUCACAAUUACUCCAUACACAACAUGUCGAAUAGUCUUCGCAUCGCGAUUAUUCUGUGCGAUACGCCCAUCCAGCCAGUCGUGGAAAAGUAUGGCGAUUACUAUGCUAUCUUCCAAGCUCUAUUGAAGCAGGGUUUCCAAGACCUGGGGGUGUCGGACGAUAUCGAUGUGCAUUUCAGUGGUCACCAUGUCGUGGACAAUCCUCAGUUUCCUGAUCUGAAAGACUAUGAUGCUUUGCUGAUGACCGGAAGCAAACAUGAUGCCUGGAGCAACGCCGACUGGAUUGUUGACUUAACGAGCUACGUGAAGAAAGUGUUUGAAGCAAAGAAGCCCAUAGUUGGUAUCUGUUUCGGCCAUCAGAUUCUUGCACGAGCACUGGGGGCCAAAGUGGGAAGAAACGAUAUCGGAUGGGAGAUUUCUGUGGAGGGGCUCGAUUUGACCGAUGAGGGGAAAGAACUGUUCGGAAAGAACACGCUGUCCAUCCAGCAAAUGCAUCGCGAUAUUGUCUUCGAUGUCCCGGCCGGCUGCACCAAUCUUGGGACAAGUCCGAUUUGCGGGGUCCAAGGCCUGUAUAUGCCGCAGCGAGCGUUAUCUGUGCAGGGACAUCCUGAAUUCCAUGAAGGAAUUAUGUCCCCUUUGUUGGAAUUGAGACAUGAAAGCGGUCUGUUCAAUGAUGAAUUGUAUAAGGAUGCGUUGUCGCGCGCGGGGAAUCCCCAUGAUGGGCGGUUGAUAGCGAAGGCAAUGGUAAAGUUCAUAGUGGAAACGCAGAGUAGCAUGUCAUAA